AAACGGGAAAGAGGGACACAAACGCAAGCCACCAUCGCUACCGGCCUACGGGAAAGAGGGACACAAACGCAAGCCACCAUCGCUACCGGCCUGCGUGACCGAGGAGGAGGAGGAGGAGGAGAACCGUAUCGUGCCCAGCUCUUUCUUUCCUUCCUUCUUGUUCUUGUUAAUUAAGAUCCAAGAAGAAGAGAGAAGCACGAGAAGAGGGGAGAAGGAAGAGAGAGAUGGCGGGCUACAGGGCGGAAGACGACUACGACUAUCUGUUCAAGGUGGUGCUGAUCGGGGACUCGGGGGUGGGGAAGUCGAAUCUGCUGUCGAGGUUCACCAGGAACGAGUUCAACCUCGAGUCCAAGUCCACCAUCGGCGUCGAGUUCGCCACCCGUAGCCUCAACGUCGACGGCAAGGUCAUCAAGGCCCAGAUUUGGGACACCGCCGGCCAAGAAAGGUAUCGUGCCAUCACCAGUGCAUACUACCGUGGAGCUGUAGGUGCAUUGCUUGUCUACGAUGUUACUCGGCAUGCGACAUUUGAGAAUGCUGAGCGCUGGUUGCGGGAGUUGAGAGACCAUACAGAUCCAAAUAUAGUUGUUAUGCUUGUUGGAAACAAGUCUGAUCUUCGUCAUCUUGUAGCCGUUUCAACGGAAGAUGGGAAAGCUUUUGCAGAGAGGGAGUCACUCUAUUUCAUGGAGACGUCUGCGCUGGAAGCAACAAAUGUGGAAAAUGCCUUUGCUGAGGUCUUAACACAGAUCUAUCGGAUUGUAAGCAAAAAAGCCGUUGAGGCAGGCGAUGAUUCCGCUUCUGCAGUCCCCAGUAAAGGGGAGAAAAUUAAUGUGAAGGAUGAUGUUUCUGCACUAAAGAGAGUUGGCUGCUGCUCCUCUUAAAGUUGCAACCAACCUUUUCCAAGGUAAGGGCCUGUUUCAGAUGAAUUGUGUGACUUAAUGUAAUUUCUUUUCUCCUCUGGAGUCGACAAUGUUUGUAGCUGAAGGGUUUGGAUAGGUUCUGUUUUUAUUACAUGUCAUCCAAGAACAGGAGAGCUUGAUUCGGUUUGAUCUUUACUAGAUCUGAUAUGGCCGAGUACUAUCAGAAAGUUGUUCCUUAGAGACAUACAGAUUUACAUCUCCAUGUUUAGAUUGUAGCAAUUGUGCACAAAUUCCAAGUGGAUUCAAAGGUUCAAAUUAUCGACGAUA